CACCUUGCUGAAGCGAAGCGUCUGUGAACUCUGAACACGAGAGAGUGAGUCGCGUAAAAGCGUGUUGAAUUAACGCUGAAUCCGGAUCAAGACGCGAUAAAUGAGGCGACACUCUUGUGAAUGUUCUCGUAUAUAUUCAUAAUAAGAGCUGUAAUAUGAUGAAUUCAGUGUUUGUGCGGUGAAGAGCUGCUUAGUAAAGACUGUAAACAGGUAGUUUGGAUAAAUAACUUAAUGUUAUGUUAAUAAUAUCAAAAAUAAGAAGCAUUAAUCGAUGUGUAAUGUUAAAAAAGUAAGUGUUGUUGGUGAGGCUCAAAGUUCAUGCUGUGUUCUAGUUUGUUCAGGAGUAACUGAAGGGAAUCGUGUGUCAAUCACUUCUCAGGCCCCGCCCCCAUCAUGACAGAGGUCAGCGUGGUAAAAGAAGGCUGGCUCCAUAAACGAGGUGAGUAUAUAAAGACGUGGAGACCACGCUAUUUCAUCUUGAAGAGUGAUGGAUCCUUCAUCGGCUAUAAGGACAAUCCAGAACUGACCGAUCAGAGUUCAGCGCCGCUCAAUAACUUCUCAGUGGCAGAGUGUCAGCUGAUGAAGACGGAGCGUCCACGGCCGAACACGUUCAUGAUUCGCUGCCUGCAGUGGACGACCGUCAUCGAACGUACCUUCCAUGUGGAGAGCAGCGAGGAGAGGGAGGAGUGGAUGUGUGCGAUACAGGCAGUGGCCAAUGGGCUGCAGGCACAAGAGGUAGAAGAGCCAAUGGAAAUCAAGUACGGCUCUCCCAGUGACAUCAGCGGUCUGGAGGACAUGGACAUGUCUCUGUCCAAGUCUCGCUCAAGAGUGACGAUGAGUGACUUUGAUUAUUUGAAGUUGUUGGGUAAAGGCACGUUUGGGAAGGUGAUUUUGGUGCGUGAGAAAGCGUCCGGCAUGUACUACGCCAUGAAGAUCCUACGCAAGGACGUGAUCAUCGCAAAGGAUGAGGUGGCACACACGGUCACUGAGAGUCGAGUACUGCAGAACACCAGACAUCCUUUCCUGACGACUCUGAAGUAUUCCUUUCAGACUCAUGACCGCUUGUGUUUUGUGAUGGAGUAUGCAAACGGUGGGGAGCUGUUUUUUCAUCUGUCUCGUGAGCGAUUGUUCUCUGAGGAUCGAGCUCGAUUCUACAGCGCUGAGAUCGUGUCUGCUCUGGAGUAUCUGCACUCACAGAAUGUCGUCUACAGAGACCUGAAGCUGGAGAAUCUCAUGCUGGAUAAAGAUGGCCACAUUAAAAUCACAGACUUUGGUCUUUGUAAAGAGGGAAUCACAGACGAGGCCACCAUGAGAACCUUCUGUGGUACUCCAGAAUAUCUCGCGCCAGAGGUGCUGGAGGAUAAUGAUUACGGUCGUGCGGUGGACUGGUGGGGUUUGGGUGUGGUGAUGUAUGAGAUGAUGUGCGGACGUCUUCCGUUCUAUAAUCAGGAUCACGAGCGAUUGUUUGAGCUCAUUGUCAUGGAGGAAAUCCGUUUCCCAAGAAACCUGUCACCUGAAGCCAAAGCGCUGCUCACCGGCCUGCUGAGAAAAGAGCCCAAACAGAGGCUCGGAGGUGGUCCUGAUGAUGCCAAAGAGGUGAUGACACACAAGUUCUUCUCCUGUAUAAACUGGCAGGAUGUGCUGCAGAAGAAGUUGGUUCCGCCUUUUAAACCGCAGGUGACAUCAGAGACAGAUACACGAUACUUUGACGAUGAGUUCACGGCACAAACCAUCACUGUUACACCUCCAGACAAACUGCACAGUCAGGAUGUGGAUGACCCUGCACAGUGUGCACACUUCCCUCAGUUCUCUUAUUCUGCCAGUAUUCGAGAGUGACGCCGCAUGUCAUCCGGUUUCACUCUUGCUGCACAUUCACACUGAAAGAACAUCCAAUCACCAGCAGCCAAACUGAUACAGCCUCAUCUCCAUCGGCAACCACCCCAUAAUCCUCACCAUCACCACGGAAACCAGCACCUUUGAGCAGCAGCAGGAGUUCUAUACAGCAUUUCUUUAUUGCACUCAGAGUUAAAUGACAGCACGAAUGAAACGCGUUGAAUCUGGUGUGUUUGAGGUCACAACACUCGUUAUUGAAUGUAUUGACCGAUUAAAGCUUUAUUCUGUUAAUAAUGCCUCAUAUCAGACAGAUCGGAGAAUGUGAAUCCUCAUGAGGGCCACACAAUCACUUAACUGUAUUGAGUGUCAUUAUGGUCAACACAAUUUUAUGUUAUAUGAUCAUAUUGGAUUGGAUGACACACAUUUGAACUGUAUGUUUCAAUGUUGAACUGCUCAUGAUUUAAUCAUAUUUGUGAGCACAGCACAAUGACUCUUAAAGUUACACAAAGCAACACUAUGUUUCGUAACUACAGCUGCAACAAUUUACAAACAUUAAAGACUUUCAGCUUGAA